CAGUUUGUCGUUCGCUACACACGCUCGUUGCCAACUUAACUGUUAACAGUGUCUACAUUUUUAUUAACCGUUUGUGUUCCAUUCUACAUGUGUGUAUUAAUUAAAUGCUUUGGCAACAUUGCAUAUAAUUUUGAGAUACGCCGUUUAACAAAGGCAAAACACAUCAACAAAUAGCAGUAGCCAACGAUGACGUCGUUGCAAACGUCACCAAUGCGAGAGCAGCAUAAGAAUGAGGAGCCAAAGGAGCAGAACUCACCACAAUGCACAAGCACACCGCUAACAGGAAGCAGAAAAGCAGAAGCACCAUUCCCAUCACCACCCACCACUCGCAUACCACAUCCUCUCAAUAGUGAUGGUGAAUUUAGUGUUCCAUUGCGUCGUUCCGCUUCGAUGCGCUUGCGCGCCACAAAAGCGCAUCAGCGGCAGCUCAACAUGACGGGGGAUUUUAGUACGCGCGCAAAGCUUGCCGAGAGCUCAUCAUCGUUGAAAGUUGCCACGCCAAUUGUUGUGGGUUUAACGCGUAAUCGCACCUGGUGCACCAAUUUAGGCCACACUACUAUCACAAAGUCAUCCACAACGGAGCUGGAGGAGCCGAGCACACAUGCAUUAUGCAGCGACAACCAAUGUUUGGCCCUAACAACGGAGAAGCAAUCUGAACUGGAUAUGGCCGCCUCCAAGUCGCGUAAUAUGUCUCUAAAGCUGAACGGUGGCAGUGCAGAGUUAACGGGCAAUCAGACACCAUCAUCAACGACAACGACGACUUCGACGCCAAAGACUCCCAAGACACCGUUGAACGGAGCAACGAUUACAUCUCCAACUGGCCACAACUGUUGCGGCCGUACUACGAAAUUGGCCGGAGGACAGGUUAAGAAGCCGGACGCCGCUAAGCAGUUAUCCACAGUGCAUGAGACUAAAAUAUCGCCAAAGACGCCGCCAGUGACACCAGAUUCACCGAGCACCUAUCUGGAUGAUGAUCUAGACUCGAUGUAUUCGUUUGCGACCACCACAUCCGGUCGCUCGACCAUGUCCUGCGAGCAUCCCUAUGUGGCCAGAAACGGCACCACAUUCAGUGGCCGUAAGAUGAAAUAUGUGGUGCACUGCUCCAAUUAUGCGGGUCAAGUUGGACCCGAUUAUCUGACGCCGACGCAGCGGGCACAGCGCCAGAUACGACGCCUCAAGGAGCUGCUGUGCAUUGCACGCCAGGAUCUGGAGGUGAAGGAUACGGAAAUCUUGCGACUCACCCGUGAGGUGGUCGAGUUGCGUCUGUUCAAGGCAUCGCUCAGUUCGCCCGAGGAGCGUUCCGCAUCCUCGGAUGCGGUCACAGUGCGCGAGGCGGAACUGAAGACAUCGCAGGAUGUCUCGCCCAUUGUGGACAUGGCCGAUGAGGCCAAGUGCAGUCCACGGCAUCUGGCACGACAGCAGCAGCAGCAGCAUCAGCAAUUGCAAAUGUCCGCCGAGAUGCAGAGUUCGUAUGCGGAUUCGGGACACUUUGAGGAUCUAACGAUGUCAUCGGUGCACUCGAAGGAUUCGCAAACGCAAAGCGAUGAUGUUUGCGAUGCAGAUGCAGAUGCAACUGGAGCUGGAGCCGGAGCUGCCGGCACGUGUGCUGAUCUAUCAUCGUCGGGGGGCAGCAAUCUGGAGAACUAUGAGCUGCAGCGCCAGGAGCUAAUCCGCAUGUAUGAGCAUCGCAUCGAGGAACUGAUACGCACCCAGGACGGCGUCAACAGCGAUCUGAAGAGAUCGCACAACGACAAGGUGGAGGCAUUGCUCCAGAAACUGGCCGAAUGCAAUACACGCUACUCGGACAUGGUGCCCGACUAUGAGCAUGCCAAGCAGCGCAUCCGGGAGCUCGAGAAACAGCUCGAGGAUCUGCAGCGGAGGCUCGUCGAGCACGAGGAGAAGCAGAACAAAAUGUAUCUGCACAUGUACCAGCAGGGACAGGAGGCGGAGCGCAUAACGCGUGCCGAUCAGGCAAUGGAACUGGCACAGAGACAGCCGGAUAGCAAGGUGUCCAUCAAUGAGCUGCUGCAUCAGCUGCAGAGCACUCAGGAUGAGCUGGAGAAUAUACGCGCAUCAGAGUGUAGAAUGAGGGAGUGCGGCAAUAAUCAUGCGCUCCUCACUGCAAAGGAGGCCAUUUCUUUGUGGGUACUUGGCGCGCGUAAGACGAUUUAUCGUCGCCUGUUGGAGGCGCAAAAGAAUCGCACCCAUGUGGAUCCGGAAGUGACGUUGCAAUUUCUGAAGAGCGCCAUUUUCUACUUUCUAACGGACAAGGAGAACUCGCAGGGACAUCUGCAGGCCAUCGAGAGCAUCCUCGAGUUCACCGACGUGGAGAAGGAGAAGAUCAGUCAGGCGAGAUCAUCGACAAAGUAAUGCUCCAUUCUUAUUAUUAUUAAUAUUAACAUUAUUAUUUCGAUUGUGGGAGGCUCCGCCAAAAAUAAUGUUCUAUUUUUUUAGUGAUGCUAAAUUGAUUGUUUUGUGUCGCGUUCAUUUAACGAAUUUAUUUUCAUUAUUAUUUUGUCACUGAAAUAAUUAUUGAGAAAUUGAGAAACUUUGAGACGUACCGUUCCAGUUUUGGCGGCAACAACGAAAGAAAAGAAAAUGAAAAUCUUGUACAAAGAAAAUUCCUAAUUUCCUAAUUCCCUCAUAUAUAUUUAUUAUAAAUUUUGUGUUAAGCAUACGAGAGUACGUCCUAUAGAAAAUAAACGCCAAGGUGCGUUACAAAAGAAUAAUAAAAAAAGAAUAGAAUUUUAAAGAAAUUGUACAUCCUUUGAUUCGUCCUGGUUGUUAGAUAGAAAACUCAGGCAUAACACAAGAAAAUCUGAUAUAGUUUCGAUCGUGUUUCAGUGAAAUUUUAAAUAUAAAUAAAUGCUAAACUAGUUGAAAA